AUGAGUGUGAUGGGUUCAACUUUGGACUUCAAGCGAGUUGAAGGAAAUGACAGGGUAGCCUAUGCAACUUACAUGCUGAGAGACGACGCAAGAAUUUGGUGGGAAGUGAUCUCCCAAGCAAGAGAUGUUACUACAAUGACUUGGGCAGAGUUUCAACAAGCAUUUAAUGACAAGUACUACAAUGUUGCGACACAGGCGUCAAAGGUGGAUGAUUUUGCUACCUUGACCCAGGGGAAUAAGACAGUGACAGAGUACGCAUUAAAGUUUGACAGACUUACCAAGUUCGCAGCAGACUUAGUGCUAACCAAUGCAACCAGAGUAGACCAGUUUAUUCGAGGCUUGAAGCGUAUGAUAGCUAGAGACAUGGAGAUUGUGUCAAUAGGGGGAAACUGUACAUAUGCUCAUGUUUUGGAAAGUGCCCUCACUACUGAAAGAAUGGAAAACAGAAUCUGGAAGGAAGGUGCUGCUAAGAGAGAGGCAAGAAAGAAUGCCUCCCAAGGUCAUAACUCUAAUGAUCAGAAAAGGAAAGGAAGUGACCAGGCAGGGCAGUCAAGCCAGGAAAAAAGGGCAAAGGAUAACAAGGGAAACAAUCGCACUGGGAACAGGGAAUGGGUUCGAUACCCGGAGUGCAAUAAGUGUAAAAAGCGCCACCAAGGUGAAUAUCGAGCAAAUGCAUGCUAUGGUUGUGGUAAGGAAGGACACAAUAAGAGGAACUGCCCACAGAAGAAUCAGGAAGGGUUCAAAGACCAACAUAGGAAGGACGUAAUUUGGUUCCAGCACGUGUGUUCGCUCUCACCAAGCCUCGGGCAGAAACAAGCAUUUGCGUGGUCUCAGGGGUUUAAGACCAUGUUACCAAAUGGGGAGGUGGUAAUAUCUAAGAAGUGGUUUAGACCCUUGCCUUUGAGGGUAGAUGGUAGGGAGCUAUUUGUAGAUCUGAUUGAGCUGGAUAUAACUGAUUUUGAUGUGAUCUUCGAGAUGGAUAGGCUGACAAAGUACAACGCUACCAUCGAUUGCAAGAAGAAAAUGGUGGUGUUUAAGCUGGAUAAAGAAUAG